AUGAAGUUCCUCGCCCUUUUCUCCCUCAUCUCUGCGGUCGCCGCCACCCCUCUCUUCCACGCUCCCCGCGCCUCCAACGCCACCUCCAAGCCCUUCCAUCUCAAGACCGCUGAGGCUUCCAACGAGGAGCACAACAACCUCUACGUCUAUGCCUACCACACCGGUGCUGCCCUGAACGAUGCCGUCCUCACUUCCGACAAGGAGACUGCCAGCACUGGCUUCCUGAACGGCACCCACGUCCAGUUCAACCUCAACAACUUCCCUUACGGCUUCCAGAUGUUUCAAGAGAACCCUUACGAAUCUUGGUCGCGCACUUCCAUUGACGUCGGCUACGGUGACGAUGGUUUCUUCAUCAAUGGUACUGGCCUGCAGUGGUCCGAGACUACCUUCCACGGAUGGUUGGUCUGCGACUGGAACCACAAUGCUCCCCAGCUUUUCCACAUCAACAGCUACACCCAGCCCAAGCUCCCUUCGAGCUGCAGCACAGUUCACCUGGUUACCGAGUCCACGGCCUAA